AUGGCGGCUCCCGCAAGCCGCGCCCCAUGCCUAUGCUCAUCACGAAGCCGGCUAUCUCUUGCACGGCCGUGGGCGGCGCGCCAUCGCUGGGCCUCGGCAUCGACUUGGGCAUGGCCAUGGGCACCGGCCUCGGGCCCUAAGUGUCCUCGUAGCAGCCAUGGGUACAUGGCGCUCGCAGAGAUGUCCGCAUUGGCGGAGUCCGACAAGGGCGUAGGUAAGGCCGCGGCGACGUUUGGCUUCAGCUCCAUCAUCGGCACCGGCGUCUUUGUUCUCAUGGGGCAGGAGGUGCACGACCAUGUGGGCCCUACCAUCGUGCUCUCCUACAUCGCCUCAGGCCUCUCCGCCAAGCUCUCCGUCUUCUGCUACACAGAGUUCGUCGUUGAGAUCCCGAUGGCCGAUGACUCCUUCGCCUACCUCCGCGUCGAGCUCAACGACGCUGUGGCAUUCAUUGCCACUGCCAACCUCAUCCUCGAGAGCGUCAUCGGCAUGGUGGCCGUGGCGCGGUCCUGGACAUCCUACCUCGCGUCGCUCAUCAACAAGCCCGCCAGCAUGCUGUGGAUCCACGUGUCGAGGCUCGCCAAGGGGUACGACGAGCUAGACCCCAUUGCGGUGGUCGUCAUCGCCGUCAAUGCUCACUACCAAGGGUACCUCCUGCAUGAACUAGGUCGCGUCCGCCGUGCAUGUGCCAUCUAUUGCAUCAUGGCGCUAGUGCUGAGCAUGAGGCAGCCGUACACGGCCAUCGACCGCAGCGCCACCUACUCAGUGGCAUUCGCUAGCGUGGGGAUGCAAUGGGCGCAGUACGUGGUGGUGCUGGGCGCGCUCAAGGGGAUGACCAUAGUGCUGUUGGUGGGCGCACUAGGGCAGGCGUGCUACACUACCCACAUCGUGUGGAGCCACAUCAUCCCACCCGUGUUCGCGCUGGUGCACCCGAGGACCGGCACCCCUAUGCAUGCCACCGCGCUCAUCGCCGUCUGUAGCGCCUACAUCGCCCUCUUCUCUAGCCUUGACAUCCUCUCCAGCCUACUCUUCGUCAGCACGGUCCUCAUCUUCAUGAUGAUGGCCACAGCGCUGCUUGUCCAGUGGUACUACGUGCGGGGCGUGAUGACCCAGACGCACGCGCUGUGGUUCACGACGCUGCUGCUGCUCAUCAUCGUGUCGUCCAUCGGCAUCGCCGCAUACUGGGGCACAUCGCCGUAG